AUGGACUACUCCUACCUGAACCAGGCGGCGGCCGGAUUUGAUUCCAGCUGCCUCCAGGGCGGUAUGGAUCCGACCGGGCUCGGCAAUAUGCCCUGCUCGUACGGUGAUCUGACCUCGUGCAGUCAGAUGUCCCAAGCGGCCUACCGGUACACGGCCGCCGCUGCGUCGAUGGCACGGUCCUACAACCCCGUCGGGACGGCCGUCGGGCCGGGCAACGUCAGCAUGAGCGCACUGCACCACGCGGCCGCUGCCGCCGGACCGGGCAGCCAGUGCUCGGUGAUGGGCGGCCGGACUCAUCAGGAUGUGCAGCGGGCUUCCAUGUUCCACACGUCAAUGAACUUGCAGUCUGGUCUCCCGUACAAGGUCUACUCCGGUCACGACUCGGUACUGGCGGAGAAACGAAAACAGCGCCGGAUACGAACCACCUUCACAUCGGCUCAACUGAAGGAAUUGGAACGAGCCUUCCAGGAGACGCACUAUCCGGACAUCUACACCCGCGAGGAAAUUGCCAUGAAGAUUGAUCUGACCGAGGCGAGGGUGCAGGUGUGGUUUCAGAAUCGAAGGGCAAAAUUUCGAAAGCAGGAGCGAAUUGCACAGCAGAAGGUGUCCAGCAAUAAUAACAACAAUAAUAGCAGUACCAGCAAUAAUAACAACAACAAUCCGGAUUCGUCGUCGGUGAAAAGCGAACAGAAAUCUAGCGCCGGUAAUACGACCCCCAAGGAUAUCAAACCCGGAUCGCCGCUGUCUACAGUUUCCACCACGCCCAAUUCUAGCACUUCCUCUCACCACUCUAAUGGAGACAUCAAACCUCUGAAUGGCAAACUGUCCGAUUCCGACAUGAACGGUGGAGGCGGCGGGGGUGGCAGCGGCGCUGGUGGAGUUGGCCUGCUCGGCAGCCAUGGACCAACCGUGGCAGGAAGUCUGUCGACGCUACACAACGGUAGCAGCAACAAUAACAACAACACCAACAAGUGGAGCACGUCCUGCAAUUCGCUGCUGCAGAACCACCAGAAGUCGGCCGCCAACCAUUUGAGCAUGAAUCACAACUUGCAAAAUCACCAUCACCACGCGGUGGCCGCCCUUUCGUCACCCUUUUCAUCGCUGCUGGGAGCCGGUGGCGGUGCGGCCGGCUAUUUGCUGGAUCCACUCGGAGGAUUGAACAAAACUACCGCCGCUAAUCAUUUGUUUUAA